CAGUCACUCAUGUUUUUGGUGUGACCGUUCCUCUUCAAACUGAAACAAACUGAGAGAGAGAUAGAGAAGAUGUUCGUGAAAACUGUGUCCGGCAAAACCAUAACGCUCGACGUUGAGUCGACCGACUCCCUCGACAACCUCAAGGCUCAGAUUCACGUCAAGGAAGGGAUUCCACCAGAGGAGCAACGUUUGAUUUUCGCCGGAAAACAGCUGGAAGAUGAUGACCUUACUAUUGCAGAUCUCAACAUUCACAAAGAGUCUACCUUGCAUUUGGUUAUGAGCCUGAAGGGUGGAAAGCCAAAUAGAUAUGAGCCAUAUCUUUGUGAGCUGGCCAAAAAAUACAGGCAGUACAAGAAAAUUUGCCGCAAAUGCUAUGCUCGCCUGAGCCCUCGCGCUGUCCAAUGUAGGAAGAAAAAAUGUGGAUACAGCACUCAGUUGAGGCCCAAGUCGAGAAAGAGUGAAGAUAUCGAGUAGUCAGAUUCUGUGUUGGGGAAAAUAAAUUAUUAGAAAUUGAAGGUUUCGAAAAUUUCUAUGGUUCCGACUCCUUGGCUAUUUCUUCACUCUACUAAGUUUAGGGGUUAUCUUCUAUGAUUCCAAGACUUAUUUCUACGGUUACUGUAAUAAAGUUUAGUAUUGAUGCAUAUGUUCCAAUACUAAGUUUAGGGGUUCUCUUCUAUGAUUCCAGGACUUAUUUCUAUGGCUAUUGUAAUAAAGUUUAGGAUUGACGCGUAUGUUCCAAGGCUUCCAGUAUGCUAUUUUAUGGGUAUUAAUUUGUUUUUCUUGUCAUUGUCCAGAGUUCUUUGGUUCUUAUAUGAAUCUAUAAAAUAAAGUCAG